AAUGGCUUCGGAGGACUCGGAGGGCCCGGGCGGUGUGGCGACUCCAGUACUUACACGCACCACGGAGCCGGAGGGGCCGCAGACCAAUAACCGGUUAUCCCUUCCCCUUCCCACUAUCAACAUCAUCACAGUGGAGGUGGAAGAACCACCAAAUGCUUGCCUUUCCAGUCUGCAGCAGACGACACCGAAAUCUGCAGAGCGGGAAGAGCUGCAGUGGCGGGGGUUGACGCCGGGGGACUCUCCGUCUCCAUGUUGGUCGCUCCCGCCGAGUUAUAGUGACGUCAUUUACCACGAUGAAAACGAAUGCACAAGCUCAAAAGCAUGUCACCGAUGCACUGAGACGCAAGGGAAUUUUUUGACGCCAACUUUUAUACCUUCCCGUCUCAAUAAAUCUACAAGUGAGCAGUCGUCACUCGCUCGUGUGGCACACUUCAAUGUUGUCACCGAAUACGACGAAAAAAGACAAACAACAAGCACAAAAGUAAUUGAAGAUGACAUUGCAAGGCAGGCCUUAAUACCAACUGCGCCCCCUAUCGGUGACACUGAUGACGAGGUUUUGUCGUUAUCUGUUUCUGACGUCACACUAAAAGAACGUUUUUGCGGGUGCUGCAAAACCCGGAAGGCGCGUCGCACUGGGGGUAUUUUAAGAAGAGACGCGUCUAUUUCUAUAAACUCUGAUUUUGGAGAAGGAAGUUGUGUUUGUCGAGCUAAACACGUCUGUAUUUGUGUUGGUCUGAUGGUUGUACUAAUUUUGAUUUUGUCGCUUUAUUUUGUUUGGAAGGAACAACCGCAGUAUUUCACUACGAUCCGUUCUUGACGAGUUACACCAUAAGAAAUAGAUUUAGAUCCUAGGAUAUUGUUUUGUUUUCGUAUUCCGAGUCUUUUUCUGUGCACCAUAACAAGUUCAAAAAGUAUUGACCAGGUUGGCAUCUGAACAUCCAAACAUCUACCGCCAAAGCAGAGAGAUAUCUACAAAUUCGUUAGUUACUUGGCUGUGCUCAAGACUCAACAAUGACAAUUGGAAUUGUUAUUUUACACUACAAACAAACAAAAAUGUAUAAAUGUCGACGACCUAUGAGUACUUGACGGGAAAUGACCAUGUGUAGGUCGUACCAAGUUCGGCGCGGAAACGUGACCGUCUGACUCGAGAAGUUGAAAAUCAGUGCCUAAUUGCAUUAAUUGAUUAUGUCUUCCUGAUCAAUUGUUAAUUAUCGGUUAGUUAUUUUGUUACGUAAUGAAGUAUAUCCCAGACGACUGAGGGGGAAAUUAUGGGAUACGUUUUUAUAAUGCAUGUAUUUUGCCUAAGUUGGCCUGCUGAAUUUUCUUUUUCAAUAACUCGUUUAGUCCCAAUUUAUAAAAAAAUUACAAUUGAUUUUACACUGCAGAACAUUCCACAGACAUAUUCAAUUCAUAUUAUUGCCCAUGCUGUGUAAAACAAUUCGUGCAAUAUUUGGAUUUUAAAGAGAAGUCCCAUUUUUUGUGAUUAUCAUAAUUAUUGUUCUCAUGUUCUGAACUUCAAAUUACUUUUACAUCCUCGCUGGACGAGAAUUAUACAGAUCGCAUAGUGGAAAGGGGAGGAUUGGCAUAUUUCUUCUUCAUCUACGAAUGAACUCGUCUUUUGAUUGAUAGUGUAGAAGUUUUCAUUCGUCUUUUGUUAGUUUCACUAAUCUCUAGAAUUGAUGAAUAGUUACACGUUAGGCAUUGUGAAAAGUAUUAUAGCUCGUUUUACGAUAUUAAUUGGAAAUGCACAUAUAUGACCUACCUUCCUGAUGAAUUAGCAAUUGUUUUCUGAAUCGUCCAUCAUUUUGAAGGUAUAUCAUAGUACCUAUAGAGGACUAUUGAUGAUUAUUUAAUAUUAUAAUUAUAAGUACGUAAAAUAUUUUAUACCAAGUAAUAAGGCAAGACCAACACGCUUUGGCUCACAAUUCCACACAGCAAGCUUGGGGGGGAAAACUUGCAUUUUAAUCAGCUCCGUUUUGUUCAUAAAUUCAAAGACAAUAUUUACGUGCAAUAAAAUUGUAUUUGGUGCUAUGCUUUGCAAUGACUAUGUUUUCACAAUGUGGCAUCUUCACACUGGUGUGCCCUAUGCAUCGUGUUAUUCGGGUUAAAACUACGGUCUGCAUGUGUCUGACCGUUCAAAAUAGUCGUGUAUAGCAAGAGAACUGUUCAAAACUGUAAACACAGUACAUGUGUACACAUGCAGUGAUUUUCUUUGAUUGUAUGCUUAGAUUUAUAUGCUUAUUAUAUGCUUAUUAGAGCUAAAAGACAUUGGACACUGGUAAGGAUAUUAGCAACAUGAAUUUGUAUUUGUGGCAGAAUUUGUUUUAAGCAACAUCCGUAUGCCUAACUGUUAAAUGAAAAGCGACUAGGACGUGCUUUAUCACGCUC